AACAUAUCCACGCCUCGCCCACUGCCACUCGCUCACCAACAUUUUUGUUCCCAAACGGUCUUCGUUUAUACCGUUUAUUCUUAUUCUCUCGCUUGAACCUUGGUUUCGGGUGCCAUGUUGCUUACUCAUGGGUUCUAGACCGUGAACGCCAACAAAACCGUGUACUAUACAUUAAUACUCACUCGGUAGACCCGGAAACGAUCGGAAGAGGUACCGAUUUUAUUGAACAAUGCUGUGUUGGUGAAGGGAUGAUGAACGGACGUGACGGCGAUGGCGUCGAGACCAGGGAGGUCGGGAAUAGGGGCACCCAUGCCCAUGAGACGACUCAAAUCUAUCUCAACAAAGUCCCGACCGCCCCCUCUGUUCCCGCCAGGCAUUCCGCAACACCGAAGGCGGCCGAACUCACAACCGUUGCCCGCCAGUGGUACCGUCGGAUUGUCGUCGACCUCAUACUCCGCCGCAGGUCCCUGCCUCCAUCCAAGAACGGGCGGUGUAUACCCCUGCGGCCGGACCGCGGGGGGGUGCUCAUCGACGAACGGCGGGGGUAUCCUUACAUUUCCAACUAUAUCCGGACUUCACGCUACACACUGUACGACUUCCUCCCCAAGCAGCUCUUCUUCCAGUUCACCCGCUUGGCCAACUUUUACUUCCUCUGCGUCGGCAUUCCGCAGACCAUCCCGGGCGUCAGCACCACAGGCAACUUCACCACCAUUCUACCACUAUUGUUCUUCGUCCUCCUCACCAUCGCCAAGGAGGGCUACGAUGAUUGGCGGAGACACCGUCUCGACAAGGUUGAAAAUGCAAAGUUAGCGACGGUCCUGAGACUGAGGGGUGGAGGGAGCGGUAGAAACAGCAACGGGUGGAAGUCACUGUUCGGCAGCAUACCAACAAACGAACUCGGGGACGUCGAGCAGUGUGAAACAGGGGCGCCUUCUCACCCAGGGCUACGAUGGCGGACGAUCAAGUGGCAGGAUCUUCAAGUUGGAGAUGUCGUGAAGCUGGCGAGAGACGACGACGUGCCCGCCGACCUUGUGCUCCUGCAUGCCGAGGGCGAGGAGGGCUUGGCCUAUGUUGAAACCAUGGCCCUCGACGGCGAGACAAACUUGAAGAGCAAGCAAGUGUCGGUAAUCUUGAAGGGGUGUGAUUCCGUCGAGAGUCUCUGCAGCUCUGGGGCUGAGUUUGUCAUCGAGGACCCCAAUCCGGAUCUGUAUCGCUUCGACGGCCGGGUGACAGUGGAUGGGGAGACGAUGCCCCUGACACUGAAUGAGGUCGUGUACCGCGGCUGCACCAUACGCAAUACUGCGAGCGUCAUCGGGAUGGUCAUCAACACCGGGGAGGAGACCAAAAUCCGACGGAACGCAAACCGCCAUCCGAGUGCCAAAAAGCCUGCUCUCGAGCGUAUGGCCAACAUGAUUGUCAUCGCCCUCGUCCUCUACCUCAUUGCCCUAGUUGCUGGCCUGUCAGGGGGCUACGCCAUCUGGCAACGUACUUACGAGCGAGCUGCUUGGUACCUGAAUGAUGUUCCGGUUCCCCUCGCGCACAUCAUCGUGGGCUAUGCCAUCCAGUUCAACAACGUCAUCCCCUUGGCUCUGUACGUGAGCCUGGAGAUCGUUAAGAUCUGCCAGAUGCUGCUGCUAAACUCGGACAUCGAAAUGUACGACAAGGUGUCCGAUACCCCGGCACGAUGCAACACCAACACCAUCCUCGAAAACCUCGGCCAAGUCGGUUAUUUGUUUUCGGACAAGACAGGGACGCUGACGGAGAACAUGAUGAGGUUCCGCAAGAUGAGUGUUGCAGGCACUGCCUGGUUGCACGAGGCGGAUCUUGCUAAGGGUUCCGAGUCGCCAGAUAGCAAGGAGACGCAGGACGGUGGCUCGGAGAACCUGGAUUUGAGCCCCGGGCAAGGAGGUGCCCCCUCAAGCGACGCCAGAUUUUCGGAAUUUCUAUCUCCCCCGAUAUCCAGUCGUCCCCCCACUAGCCGCCGCUCCUCGUCCCAAUGGCGGUCGACCGGCCGACCUGACCAUGUACAACCAGAUCUCACCACAUCGGAUCUGUUGGAAUACCUUCGGCUACGCCCCAAUUCCCUUUUCUCGAGGCGUGCCACCCAAUACAUUUUAGCAAUGGCGCUCUGCCAUACCUGCCUACCAGAAACAAAGGACGGAAAAGUCGACUUCCAGGCGGCUUCACCUGAUGAGCUUGCCCUCGUAAGAGCAGCUCAAGAUCUCGGCUUCUUGGUGAUCCAGCGGACCACGCAAGCCGUAACCCUCCGAAUUACUACUGGAGACAGCGAUACAAACCGCACCUACCAAAUCCUUGACGUGCUCGAGUUCAGCAGUAAACGCAAGCGCAUGUCGAUCAUCGUACGCUGCCCAGACGGCAGGAUAUGGCUCCUGACGAAGGGUGCAGACUCGGCCAUUCUCCCACGCCUGAGAAUGGCAGACCUGGCAACGCAAAAGGCCAAGGAGCUGCGCGAAAGCAUCGACUUUGAACACCAACUGCUGCGAAAGAGCGAGGCUCACGAACCACGCAACAGUUUUGGUGGGCGGCCCAGUCUUACCAUCAGACGCAGCCUUGCCCUCGGCCGGCAGGGGAUCUUGACCGUUCCCGGAAGCACGUCGCUGGAUGUUAGCAGGAGCAAGUCGUUUGAGGUUUCUCAUUUGGACCCUCUCGCCCGUCUCCGGUCUCACGCCUCACCCAACGCUCGCACGGCGUCCCUUGAUGCUCGCCGGGUCCCGAGCAACAUCUCAUCUGCCCAAACUGAGGCGGUGCCGAGCAAGUUUGCACAUCUCGAAGACCCAUCGCUCUCGGAUGAGGCCGCCAUCUUCACCCGCUGCUUCAGGCAGAUUGACGACUUUGCCACUGAAGGACUUCGAACGCUAUUGUUUGCUCACCGGUUCCUCGCUGAGCAAGAGUACAACAGCUGGAAGGAAUUGUACCGAGACGCAGAGACCAGUUUAGUGGAUCGUCAAGACCGAAUCGAAGCCGCAGGGGAGAUGAUAGAGCAGUCUCUUGACCUGAUCGGCGCAUCCGGCAUCGAGGAUCAGCUGCAGCCCGGCGUUGCCGAGACGAUAGACCGGCUCCGGCGGGCAAACAUCAAAAUCUGGAUGCUUACCGGAGACAAGCGGGAAACGGCUAUCAACAUCGCCCACUCAGCACGUAUCUGCUUGCCCGGGUCUGACAUCUUCGUCCUGGAUAGCGCCAAAGGCGGGUUAGAAGUCCAGAUCCUAACCAUCAUGGAAGACCUCCAAAUCCAAACCGAAACGAAUGCUUCCCACACCCCAGGCCACACAGUAAUCGUCAUCGACGGGCACACCCUCGCCGCCCUCGAAGAACCAGCCUCCGCCGCCGCCAAGACCGCCUUCUACCAGCUCAUCCUCACCAUCGACUCCGUAAUCUGCUGCCGCGCCUCCCCCGCCCAAAAAGCCCUCCUCGUCCGCACCGUCCGCAACGCCUCCACCACCACCAACCCCCCCCUCCUCCACCGCCUCCUCCCCCCCUGGCUCGCCCACCCCCUCAGCACCCUCACCAACCCCACCCCACUAACCCUCGCCAUCGGCGACGGCGCCAACGACCUCGCCAUGCUCUCAGCCGCGCACGUCGGGAUCGGCAUCUCGGGCCGCGAGGGCCUGCAGGCCGCGCGCGUGGCCGACUACGCGAUCGCGCAGUUCCGCUUCCUCGCGCGCCUGCUGCUGGUGCACGGGCGGUGGAGCUACGCGCGCACGGCGCGCUUCGUGCUGGCCACCUUCUGGAAGGAGAUGCUCUUCUACCUGCCGGCGGCGCUGUACCAGGGGCUGGUGGGGUAUACGGGGACGAGUUUGUAUGAGAUGUGGAGUCUGACGGCGCUGAAUACGCUGUUUACGAGCCUGUGUGUCAUUGUGCCCGGGGUGUGGGAGCAGGAUCUGGGCGCGGAGACGGUGUUGGCGGUGCCGGAGCUGUAUGUGUUUGGGCAGAGAGGGAGGGGGUUGGCGGUGGGGAUGUAUUUGUGGUGGAUGGCGGCGGCCGCGGCGGAGGGGGUGUUGGUGUGGUUUUUGUGUUGGGUCGUGUAUGGCGGGAUGGGGCCGGUUAGGGAUGGCGGGUUGUUCGCGCUGGGGAAUUUGGUGUUUUCGGUGAAUAUCGUGUGGACUAACUUGAAGCUUUUGAUCCUGGACACCCACUACAAGAACGAUAUUGUCAUUUAUUCGUUCAUCAUCACUGUCGCCGGCUGGUGGGUGUGGCAGGUGUUUCUGGCCGGCGCAUAUUCCCCCGGCGUGUGGCCAUACGCGGUUAAAAACGGCUUCUUCUCGUCUUUCGGCCCGGACCCGGCGUGGUGGGUGGCGCUGUUCGGCGCGCUUGGUGUUCUUACUUGCAUGGAGCUGGCUUACAAGUCGGCCAAGCGCAACCUCGUCGUGGCUGGUUUGUGGAAGCUUGGUUGGAAGUGGCUGAAGUGGUCGACGUGGAAGGCAGCUUUCUGGACGUCGCCUGGCGCUGGCGCCGGGGCCGUGUGGUCUGAGGAAGGGACUAAGGGGUGUGUGGAAGAGUGGGAUGUGGAACUAUGGCAAGUAAUGGAGCAGGAUCCUGCUAUCAGGGAUACGCUGCGCAGGAUGAGCAAGUUCGAGUACGAAAAGGAAAGGGAGGCGGAAGAGGAUGGACUUGACAACGGCAUUAAUUAGAUUGAGGGUUUCCAUAUUCUGGAAACUUACACAUAUACUAUAGAAUAAUAACUUUUCAGUGCCUUUAGAU